AUGCUUCUCCUAGACUAUCAGAACGUCCUCAUCCAGUCGGUGUUGACCGAGAGGUUCUCCGGUGCCCCUGCCGCUCACAUCGACCAGACUAUCUCCGACUUUGACGGCGUCAUCUACCACAUCUCGACCCCUGAGACGAAGACCAAGAUCCAGCUUUCGAUCCAAAUAAGAUGCUACAAGGAUCUGGUGAAGUACGGCGCGGAGCAGGUGCUGCAGAGGGAAUAUGGCCAAUAUGUGGUACCGCCGGAGCCCGGCUAUGACUUUUCGGUCAUGAUCGACCUUGAGAACCUCCCCGAGGACAAGGACGAACGGGAAGCACUGAUUAUGAAGAUGGCGUUGCUGAAGCGCAAUGCCAUGGCUGCUCCUUUCGAGGCGGCGUACGAGGAGCACUACAAAUUGAAGGAGGAAGCAUCCAAGUACACCUCUGAGGAGGCUCCUCAGGGCGUGCGCGAGGGCGGCGAAGUCAUGGCUAUUCACUAUCGCGAGGAGGAGGCCAUUUACGUCAAGGCCAGUCACGACCGUGUUACCGUCAUCUUCAGCACCAUAUUCCGCGAAGAGACCGACCGUGUUUUCGGCAAGAUCUUUAUUCAAGAAUUCGUUGAUGCUCGUCGGCGAGCUAUUCAGAACGCUCCUCAGGUGCUCUUCAGGAACGACCCUCCUUUGGAGCUGCAGGGAGUACCGGGAGUCAGAGACACUGGCACUGGUGAAAUUGGAUAUGUUACCUUUGUUCUCUUCCCACGCCAUCUUACACCCCAGAGAAUGCCCGACGUCAUCUCCCACAUCCAGACCUUCCGUGACUACUUUCACUACCACAUCAAGGCAUCCAAGGCAUACAUCCACUCGCGUAUGCGCAAGCGUACAGCCGACUUCCUGCAAGUUCUUCGUCGCGCGCGUCCGGACAGUGAGGAGAAGGAGCGCAAAACGGCAAGUGGCCGGACCUUCAAGGUUCAGGGAGCGUGA